UAAUUUUUUUUUUUUCAGUCUCGUGUGUGUGCUCUCUCGCUCCCUCCGAAUGGGUCGCGCUACUUCGGGCCCGUGACCCAGGCAUCUUUAAAUCAGGCUAUUUCAGUUUUUCCCUCUUAAUUUAACAUUUAAAGCCAAGAGACGAGAACUUCCGCCGGGCUAGUGUGCCCGUGCGCGCCGGGCGCCUUUCUCCCACGAAAUACGGUCAUCCUCCGGGUUUUGAUGACUCUCAAAACCUGUUCUGCUCGGAGCGUAUCUUCACUUUUGCGUCAUCGAACCCGUGCCUUACUCACGGCAGUUUACCGUGUCUUCCGCGCCACUACGCACCUCCGUUUUUAUACUCGCCUAUGAUGCUCGCCCCGAAGGGAUCGCCGCAUUUCUCCAAGGAAUAGACUCUUUCUUCUUCUUUUUUUUUCCUGUUAUAAAGUGAUUGUGAAGAUUCGAUCAUGCCGGAAAGCUCAAGAGAAGAGAAGACCCCUCAAGAAAAUACUAGGCCACUCAUCAAAAUUGUCGAGCAUUUAAGAAAAAAUGGACUCUUGGUGGGCACAUUCCUAGGCGUGAUAGCUGGUGGCGCUCUCGGUUUCAUUCUUAGAUCUUUGGAGCUGACGCCCGACACCAUAGUGAUGAUCUCAUACCCUGGAGAACUCUUUCUACGGGCACUAAAAUUGUUGAUCCUACCUUUCGUCAUUUCUUGCAUCAUAAUUGGUACGGCAUCUUUGAACAUCCAUAAAAAUGGAAAAAUAGCGGUGCGAACCAUAGUCUACUUCUUUGCGACAACAACUUUAAAUGUGCUUCUGGGCCUGGUCGCGGCUUCAAUUAUGCAUCCAGGUGGCUCCGCGAUAAAAGUAGGCGAGGAUAGAUCGCCCGGUCUCCAGGCUCAGACCUCUAUCCACGAUGGGUUUCUCGACAUGGGAAGGAAUAUCCUACCCGAUAAUAUAUUUUUAGCAGCCUUGGAAACCACUUACACAAAAUACGAGUUGAUUCCUGGGACGAAUGGCACAUACAAAAAAACGAUCGAUACAAGACCGGGAACCAACAUGAUCGGAGUGGUUAUGUUCUGUGUUAUGUUCGGCUCUGUCUUAGGAACCAUUGGAUCUGAACGCGAACUCGUCAUCAACUUUUUCUCAGCAGUAUAUAAAGUCUUGAUGAAGCUGUUGCUAGGGGUCAUUUGGUUCACGCCUUUAGGCGUAGGCAGUGUCAUUUGUGGAAAAAUUGCAUCGGUGCCAGACAUAGGCUCCACGGUGGAUCGUCUAGCGUGGUUCAUCCUUACAACUCUGGUCGCCCUAGCCAUAUACCAUGUCAUCAUUAUUCAACUGAUCUAUUUCUUCUUCAUUCGGAAGAAUCCUUUUAAGUACUACUCGUAUUUAGGACCGUCCCUUCUCACAGCUUGUGUCGCCGCUUCCAAGAGUGCAGCCCUGCCUGUAACAUUCAAAAUUCUGGAGGAAGAAGUGAAGAUGGACAAGAGGGUGACGCGCUUUAUUUUACCGCUAGGUAACUUAAACAUGAAUGGGACCGGUGUGUACAUGGCCGUCGGAAUCAUGUUCAUAGCGCAGAUGAACAGCAUCGCCCUUGAAAUUGACGACCUCGUCAAUCUGUGGGUGACGGUCACAUUUCUGGCCAUGUCUUUGAGCACUGUCCCAAGUGCUUGCUUGGUCCAUGUUGUAGCAUUGUGCAACUUAAUUCGAGCUCCCGUUGAGGAUGUGUCUCUCCUUUUUGCAGUCGAGUUUAUAUUGGAUCGAGCCAGGACGAUCAACAAUAUUCUUGGAGAUUGUUAUUCGGUCGCAGUCAUCCAAAAGCUGUCCGAGAAAGAGCUGGCUGCGUUUGAUCAGGAGGAACUACAAGAUUCUCCUGCGCUGCCUCUAAAAACGGUGCAAACCUGUUGUUAGCUUUGGGAGCAAAUUACGUGAUCAGAACGAAAAUGGAUAUUCAAAAACGAAGUCAGCCUAAAUACUCCGCCUUGAUCAGAACAACGUGGAAAUGAUUUGAAGAUUGAAAAAGAAUGGAGAAACUCAUUUAACAUUAAACCCUUUUAUUUUGCAUAUCUUUAACUAAUUUUAAUCAUCACAUGGUAUAAGAAAAGAUGAAUGCAAUUUUUCCUCUAUGAAGAUCUAGUAGGAUCUAAUGAUUAUGAAUUACUUUGUGUGAUGAAACACACCCUUUACCAUAUGGUUCUGUGAACUUGAUUGAUUGCAAUAAAAAUUUGUCUAAGUACAAA